GAAGUUAUUAGUCAUCACACGAAAAAAUAGCAGAGUUUAGGGAAAAAUAUAAUUCUAUUUAGCACGUUUAACUAUGAUGGAGACCUCAACAAACGGUUUAACACCAUCGAAAAAGAAAGACAAUGGUGAACCCAAGGAGAACUUGUGGUCAGAAAUUCUUGGAGAAGUUCAAACACAAGGCACCACAAAGUUACCGUCGAAUAAAUCUGUGCUAGUUCUCGGUGAUAACUCAUCAGGUAAAACAUCGCUAAUUGCAAAACUACAAGGUGUUGAAGAUCCGAAAAAAGGAGCUGGUCUUGAGUACGCAUAUAUUGAUGUGAGGGACGAAUAUCGAGAUGAUCUCACAAGAUUAGGAGUGUGGAUCCUUGAUGGAGAUCCAGGUCAUCUGAAUCUCAUGAAGUUUGCAUUAAACGAACAGAAUUACGCUCACACCCUCGUCAUUUUAACUGUAUCAAUGACAACACCUUGGCAUUGGCAUGAUCAACUUCAACAUUGGAUGAAAGUUCUCGAUGAUCAUUUAAUUUCUUUGAAAUUGUCAUCAGAAGAACGACAAGAGCAAAAGCAACGACUCAUAAACGAGUGGCAAAAUUAUUGCGAGUCUGGUGACGAACUCGAUCCAAGCUCUCCAAUGAAACGAACAAAUCGAUUAUCCUCAGUGGAAGAUGACUUGGAUCUGAUGCCACUUCCAGAAAAUUGUCUCAGUACCAAUCUUGGACUCAACAUUGUCGUUGUAGUCACGAAAACUGAUUACAUGUCGACACUUGAAAAAGAGUUCGAUUAUAGAGAUGAACAUUUCGAUUUCAUGCAGCAAUGGAUAAGAAGAUUUUGCCUCCAAUACGGUGCAUCGCUUUUUUAUACAAGCGUAAAAGAGGACAAAAACUGUGAUCUAUUAUAUAAAUAUUUAACACAUCGCAUCUAUGAGCUGCCAUUCCGAACGCCGGCGCUUGUUGUUGAGAAGGAUGCAGUAUUAAUUCCAGCAGGUUGGGACAAUCAAAAGAAAAUCAGCAUACUUUACGAGAAUAUGCACACAUGCAGAGCUGAUGAUUUCUAUAGUGACAUCAUAGCUCAACCACCUUCACGUAAAACUGUCUCAAAUCGAGAAGUUGAAAUCGUAACAGAAGAUGAACAAGCAUUCUUAGCGAGACAACAGCAGAUUUUACAGCAAGGUCAGCAAGGUGGACAACAACAAACGAGAUCAGUUUCGCCUAUGAGAACACCACAAUCAGCUGGUAAAUCUGCACCAAGAACACCAGGAGCUGGACAAGGAUCGCCAAAUAAAAAGAUCGAAGCAAAACUUACGCCAGGUGCACCGUCUGGUGAAGGUGUUCUCGCAAAUUUCUUUAAUUCACUGCUACAUAAAAAAUCAGGAUCGCCUGGAACACCAAGUGGGCCAAAUUCACUUUCAAGUGGAACGAAUAGCCUAACACCAAGAACCAAUGGCACUGACGGCAUGGUUACACCCGAAAAGUUAAUGCAUCUCGAUGCUGGUGCUGAACUCGAUCGGAUUUCAAGAAGUGCUGCCAAAAAAGAUCUUGACUUUAAUGAAGCGCCAACCUCCGACUGUUGAACUCAUCAAUCAUCCGUUAUCAGUUCAUUUGGAUAAGUAACAAAAAAAAAUAGAAAAUGAGAAAUGAUUAAAUCAGAUAAGUUUCCUUUGGCUUCCUUCUUCGUCAUGAGUCGCAGCAAUUGUGACAUCAUUUGAAUCUUUAAUUUACAUAAAAAAUCUUUCUUUUUUUAUUGUUGCUCUACGAACUAAAUCUUGAUGAUAUUUAGAAAUAUUUUAAAGAAAAAAAGAAGCAAACGUCAUUCAACGAAACCACUUUGAAUGUUUAUGAAUAAAAAUGACGUUCAUGUGAAGAAAAGAACAAUGAAAAAGCAAGUGGAAUGCCAAACGUGAAUUGUUCUUUAUUUUUCUUUCCAUAACUGUUCUUUUCACUUAUAAGUUGUCCAAAAUGUUAACGACUUCAUGAAAAAUACUCUUUGAAAUUUGUUUUUCAUACUUUCAAUAAUAUUUAAAAUAAUUUAAUAGAUUUUUGAUUAAACAUCAAAGAGAAGAACGAAUACAGUGAAAGUUCCAUACAAUGAGUUGAGGUUUCUUUAUGAUGCCAUAGGAUUUUAUUUUAUAUUUUCAUUUAAUGUAAUUUUAGGUCACAGUAAAAUCGCUCAAAAGAAAACUAAAAUCCGUAUGGUGAAAGUACUAAACAAGAGAAGAAAAAUUUUAGUUUAUUUAAACUUAAAUGACUGCUUAAUAUCGCUUAACAAAGCGAUCAUCUUCACUGUCACAUCCAGCUAAUUAUUAUGAAUUAUUAUGCAAUUAGUUAACAAGUUUAAUUGAAGUAACUUUCUGUACUAUUUUAUGCAAUGCUUAGUUAAUUUAUUAUUGAAACAUAUCUCGAUGAAAAACAUUUGUUUGAGUUCGAAUUAGAAAUGAAAUUGCAAGGAGAAGAGAAAAAUUGUACAAUUGAUGAUAAUUUAAAAGUUCUUUGAGAAGUUUGCUUGAUUAUUUGCUUCAGUGACAUGUUUGCACUGUUGAUUUGUAAUCCUUAUGAUUUUUUAAUGUAAAAAGUUAACUUAUUUAAGUUCCAAUGAAUAACGAAUUAUUUUUUUACUUCAUCCAUUUCAGUCUUUCUUUCUUGACUUCCCAAACAUAUUUUUACAUACAUUUGAAAGUGGUGAACAUUCAUCUCGAUUCAUUAUUUUCAACAAUUUAUUUUCUCUUAACCUUCAGGAAGAAUUUUAAGAUUAACGAAAUGAGUGAAGGCGAAUAUAAUUUAAUUAUUUUUUAUCCAACUCAUCCAUAGUAGAGUGACUACAGACGUUUAAGAUUCAUAAUUGCUUCUGUUGAUCGAAAUUUAUUAAAAAAUGUUUGAGAGAAAAAUAAUUAAAUUAACUAAUUAAUGAAUUCCAGUAUAAGUUAGUCAACUAAAAUUUGUUUAGAUGAGAAGAAAGUUAUGCUAAGAAAAAGUAAAAAUUCAUUUCGAAUCAAUAAGGUACUUAAAAUGUUUAUUUCAUUAUUUGCAAUAAAUCCUCUUUCUCACUCUGAUGAUGACAAACUUUACAAGUUUAACUUGGAACAUUUAAAUUUCACUUCAUAAUUAAAGAUUGCUUCCUUAAGGGUCCAAUUUUUUUUUUAUCUUCAAAAUUCAAUUUUGUAAGACGACCCAGUUAUGAUAAUAAUCCAGUAAACUAACCAAAUCAGCUUAAAAGAAAUGAAAAUUCGUAUCAAAUUGUGGCUUCAGAAAAAAAGAAACAACUUUUUAAACUCAAAUCAAACAUACAUAGAAAUUAGACAAUGGAAAUAAGAUAAAUAUUGAUGAGGAAUUCAGUUGAUGAACGAGAUGGAUGUAAAUAAAUAAAAAUUGAAGGAAAUUGAGAAAGUUUCAUAUUUAAUAAUAAAAAAAUUAAUAAAAAGACAGAAAAGCAAAC